GGCUGAUCGAUCGAUCUCCCUCCAAAACAGGGCCACACUGCCCCAUUUAGGAGAGAGACCAGCCCGCGCUGCAUUGGCAGCAUGGCUAGAACAGCUGAGAGUUGCUCCGGCCCACGCUGCCCAACGCAGCAUGGGCCAAUCUCCUUCCCUAGUGGGGGGCAUACAAGCAGGUAUGCUGCAGCCCUGCACCAACACUUUUGGGGAGAGCUCCAGCCAGGGGAAAGAUGCAGGGCAGGUAAGGGCACCCUCCCUGCCCCUUAAAGGACCCCUCGCCUCCAAACCGGCUCAAACGCCAGACUUCUGAACUGGUUCAGUGUUCCACAAAAGGAGUGCCAAACCUGUUCUUGCACAUCCCUUCUGGUAGGUCCAGUCAGACCCAGAACAAAUGUAAUACAAUCAUUUUAUACCUGCUAUAAUUUACUGACAGGUGUGUUUUUUCCCCCAAACAUUGUAGGUAGUGCCACCCAGCACGUACACAUUUUAUAGACUAUUAAGUCUACACGUCACCAACAUCUUGCCCACUUCCCAGAAUCAUUCCAAAAAAUGUGCUUGUUUAGAGGUACUGUUGACUGGUACCCCUGUCCAAAGGAUAUUGCAAUCUCCUGGGUGUUUUUUCCAUUCCUUGUCCAUUUGAUGCCAUUGUGAUCUGCUAUUUCUCCCUCAAGGAUAUCAUUUCACUGGCACACUGACUGGUUGCGUAACUCUAGCCCUAUGCCUCACUUCCUAGUACCAAGCACAAAGGGAAAAACAGUUUCCAGAAGCAUUUCUGGCCUGCUUGAUUCUGUUCAGUUCCCAAACCUUGACCAAAAUACUGCUAAGUUUAUGUAUAAGCUUCUUUAUGUUGAUAACUAUUGUUAUUAUGGAGCAAUUUAGAAAUUGUGCAACAAAACAUGUAACCCCUGGUCUGUUCAGAAAGGCUGUGAGGUUCUGACUAGUUAUGAUGACCCAUGUCACCCAUCCAGAAAGUGCUGGCCCCCCCUCACUCUGAUUCAGCUGUGUUUGCCCUCAAUGAAAUCAUCUCACUUGCUGCAUGAUCCCUGAUUGCCUGGAACUACUCAAGGAUGUAGAGAUUAUGGGUAGGAGGGAUGGCACUGAAGCAACACCAACUUGAGGAAACAAUGGCUGAGAAUCACUGUGAAUAACAGCCAAAAAAUAAUUGCAAUAAGAAGGGUAAGGUAGGAUGACUUUUGGGGGAUCUCAAAAGCACAAUCUUUGCCCCAAAAUGCUUGCAGGUAAAUAUUCAGUGCAGCCUUAAUUUUUGUUACUCACAAUAAAGGCAAUAUUUGAGAAAGUUGUUAGAGGCCAUUUUUUCCAUCCCAUUUAAUAAUAAUAAUAAUUAUUAUUAUUAUUAUUAUUAUUAUUAUUAUUAUUAUUAUUAUUAUUAUUAUUCGAUUUCUAUACCGCCCUUCCAAAAAUGGCUCAGGGCCGUUUACAAAGAGAAAUAACAAAUAAAAUGGCUCCCUGUCCCCAAAGGGCUCACAUUCUAAAAAGAAACAUAAGACACACACCAGCAACAGUCGCUGGAAGUACUGUGCUGGGGGUGGAUAGGGCCAGUUACUCUCCCCCUGCUAAAUAAAGAGAAUCACCACGGUAAAAGGUGCCUCUUUGCCCAGUUAGCAGGGGGUUGAAGCACGUAUUUGAAGCACGUAUGUGUGUAGUUCAGGUUAAACAAAAGUUCCCUAUUUCAAAGAAUGCUGCCGCUUUUCGUGGUCUUUGUAUAGUGCCCCCUUGGAGUUCAAUUCCAUCUACAAAGAUAUUUGUUGACAUUAUUAUUGCUAGGUUAUGAAAAAAAUUUUAAAAACCUUCAACGUAUGAGCAUAAAGUAUUAAAAUAUUCAUUGUAAAGAUGUAAGAAACUUCAUUUUUAAAAUUACUGUUUCCCUUUUUCAUCCAAUUUCUAUUGCAAUUUUCUGAUGAAAUCUGAGAAACUGACAGCUGCUUUCCACAUCCCAAUGGAUUACUCCCAGUUCAUCUCCAGUAUAAGUGCAGCAAGGCAACCAAAUCCUGUGAGAAUUUCCUCUAAGCUGGCAAAGAAGAUGUCCUCUGUGAUAAUGCUUUCUGGGGGUAUGCCGAACCCUGACUCUUUCCCAAUAAAAGCAGCAAGUAUCAGCCUUGUUGAUGGAACCACCCUUGAAAUUAGGGAGCAGCUUAUGAAGAGAGCACUCCAGUAUUGUCCUACAAAUGGAAUUCACGAAUUAUUGUCCUGGUUAGAAGACUUACAGAUGAAGCUCCAUAACCCACCAACAGCUAAGUAUGCUCCUGAGAAAGGACAAAUGAAGAUAUGCAUCACUGCAGGCAGCCUGGAUGGAAUUAAUAAAGUUUUCGAUAUGCUUCUUAAUCCAGGAGAUAACGUCCUUGUUGAUGAACCAAAUUUUCCUGGGAUACUGUCAGGGCUAAGGCCCUUGGGAUGUAACAUUAUCAAAGCCCCUAGCGACCAGCAUGGUAUCAUUCCAAAUGCCUUGAAGGAAGUCCUUUCUCAGUGGAGAACUGACAAUGUACAUAAGUUCCAAGGCAAGACCCUGAAGUUCCUAUACACCGUUCCAAAUGGUGGCAACCCUUCUGGAAGUUCCUUGACAGCAGAACGCAAAAAAGAGAUUUACCAGCUUGCCAGAGAAUACAACUUCCUCAUCAUAGAAGAUGACCCAUACUAUUUUCUUCAGUUUGGAAAGACAAAAGCACCUUCAUUUCUGUCUAUGGAUGUUGAUGGUCGAGUCAUCAGAUGUGAUUCUUUCUCUAAAGUUAUUUCCUCUGGGUUGAGGGUAGGCUAUCUAACAGGACCUGCACCUCUUAUUGACAGGGUAAUUCUACAUCUACAGGUCUCAACAAUGCAGGCCAGCUCUUUUACACAGAUCAUUGUAUUACAACUAUUUGAAAAGUGGGGACAAAAGGGUUUCCUGGAGCAUACAGAUAGGGUGGCAGAAUUCUACAAAAAGCAGCGGGAUGCAAUGCUUGCUGCAGCAGACAAAUGGCUGAAAGGUUUAGCAAACUGGUAUAUUCCGAAUGCUGGCCUGUUUCUGUGGAUUAAAAUUAAGGGGGUUUCUGAUACUCACCAGAUGGUCACAGGAAAAGCAUUAGACAGAGGGGUGGCUUUGCUUCCUGGAAAAGGCUUUAUGAUUAAUGGUACAGAACCAUGCCCCUACGUCAGAGUAUCCUUCUCUUUUGCUUCUCCGGAUGAAAUGGACCAGGCUUUCCAGAAGCUUGCUGAACUUAUAAAGGAAGAAAGUGAAUGAAAGCCUGUGGCAAAGCGGCAUUUACCAAAACCUUCCCUGGCUGACAUUCAGACUGUGCUUCUAAUUUCACUGAAUGAGCUGCUAAAUAAAUCAUUUAUUUUA